GUGUCACGUGCUAGUGACGUCAGUCGCCCUGCGUGUGCUCCCUCCUCUGAUGCAGGGGGAUCCAUCAUGGCGUCGAUGCAGAAAAGGUUACAGAAGGAACUGCUAGCCUUGCAGAAUGAUCCGCCCCCUGGAAUGAAGCUAAAUGAGAAGAGUGUACAGAACACCAUUACACAAUGGAUUGUGGACAUGGAAGGAGCCUCUGGUACUCUUUAUGAGGGGGAGAAAUUUCAGCUUCUUUUUAAAUUUAGUAGUCGUUAUCCCUUUGACUCACCUCAGGUAAUGUUCACAGGAGACAAUAUACCUGUCCAUCCCCACAUUUAUAGUAAUGGCCAUAUCUGCCUGUCCAUCUUAACGGAGGACUGGUCACCAGCUCUUUCUGUGCAGUCCGUUUGUCUUAGCAUUAUUAGCAUGCUGUCUAGCUGCAAAGAGAAGAGGCGGCCUCCUGAUAACUCCUUUUAUGUACGGACAUGUAAUAAAAAUCCAAAGAAGACAAAAUGGUGGUAUCAUGAUGAUACCUGUUAAUAUGAACUUUCUAGAAGUCCUACUGACAUUAUAAAAGCACUUUCUGAAAUCAUAUGGUCUCUGAACUUUAAACUUGGACUCAAACGCAAGCAUGGACUCAGACCACAAACAUGAGAGAUGAUGUCAACUGUGUUAACGGUGGCCAGUUGGAUGCAUGUUUGGGGAAAAAUAAAAACAGACGAAGAAUGGAAAUCAGUUUGAAGA